AUCUUCGGAUCUCUUUUUUUUUUUUUUUUUUUUUAAGAAUAAACGGCAGACCCUGCGAAUUAAUCCAUUUAUAUGCUUCAUCAUCAGUCUUUCUUAACUCAUCUUUGAUCUAUCUCAAAAGUUUAUCAGAUUCCGAAAUUGCCCUUUGGAAUGGCAGCUAUUUACAGCCUCUACAUCAUUAACAAAUCAGGUGGUUUGAUCUUCUACAAGGAUUAUGGGUCUGCUGGACGGAUGGACACAAACGAUAGCUUGAGGGUAGCGAGUUUAUGGCACUCGAUGCACGCAAUCUCUCAGCAGUUAUCGCCAGUUGCAGGUUGUUCAGGCAUUGAGCUUCUUGAAGCUGAUACAUUUGAUCUCCAUUGCUUCCAAUCACUCACUGGGACAAAGUUCUUUGUGGUCUGCGAGCCUGGGACACAGCACAUGGAAGCUCUCUUGAAAGUCAUCUAUGAAUUGUAUACAGAUUAUGUCUUGAAGAAUCCCUUCUAUGAGAUGGAGAUGCCCAUACGGUGUGAGCUUUUUGAUAUCAACCUUUCACUGACAGUACAGAAGGAGCGUGUUGCCUUGUUGGGCCGAUGAUCUGCACUGGAACUUGGAUCUGAUUUGAUCUUUUUUGAUCUGUUACCUUCGCAUGUACAUUUUCAGAGCAAUCUUAUCUUCUAAUUUGUAGAAGAUACUUUAUAUGUGAUUUAUGUUACACUCUGAUGUUAGUUUUUGAAAAUCACUAAACAAGUGAGGUAUGAGGUAUUCAACAAUGGAGAGGAAUUCUUUGUACUGGGGUAUGCAAAAAUCAUCUUGUUAAAAUUUAUUAAACUUUUAGACUCUGUA